AUGGUGGCCACGUGCCUGCAGGUGGUGGGCUUCGUCACGGGCUUCGUGGGCUGGAUCGGCAUCAUCGUGACUACGUCCACCAAUGACUGGGUGGUGACCUGCGGCUACACCAUCCCCACCUGCCGCAAGCUGGACGAACUGGGCUCCAAGGGGCUGUGGGCUGACUGUGUCAUGGCCACCGGGCUGUACCACUGCAAGCCCCUGGUGGACAUCCUCAUCCUGCCGGGCUACGUGCAGGCUUGCCGAGCCUUGAUGAUUGCAGCAUCCGUCCUGGGUCUCCCAGCCAUUCUCCUGCUACUGACGGUUCUCCCCUUCAUCCGAAUGGGCCGCGAGCCUGGCGUGGCCAAGUACAGGCGGGCCCAGCUGGCUGGCGUCUUGCUCAUUCUGCUGGCUCUCUGUGCCAUGGUUGCCACCAUCUGGUUCCCUGUGUGUGCCCACCGUGAGACCACCAUCGUGAGCUUUGGCUACUCCCUGUACGCGGGCUGGAUUGGAGCUCUGCUGUGCCUCGUGGGUGGCUGUGUCAUCCUCUGCUGCGCUGGAGAUGCCCAGUCAUUUGGUGAAAACCGUUUCUACUACUCUUCUGGCUCCAGCUCGCCCACUCAUGCCAAGAGUGCCCACGUAUAAGUGUGCUGCCAGGCUGCGCACGGAGGUGCUGUAGAUCCUGGGCUUGUGGCCCUAAGUUUGCUCACCACAGCGGGGUGAAAGCCCACUCCUGCCAGGCUGCAAGCCAAAGGUUGGAAAAGCAUCCUGGCAUUUUGUUGUCUUAACCUCCCACCCCUUCCCAUG